AUGAGAGGUGUUGCUUGGAACUGUAGAGGGUUGGGGCAGACCUCUACAGUUCAGGAGCUGAAGUCCCUGCUCAGAUCGCGCUCUCCGGAUUUUGUAUUCUUGUCUGAGCUUAAGGUGGAUGCCAAUCCCCUGGUACGUAUUCUAAAAGCUUUUCACUUUUAUUUUCAUAUUGCUGUGCCGCCUAUUGGUAAUGCGGGGGGAAUCAUUCUUGCAUGGAAGACUGGUUUUUGUUUUGAAUGCAUCGCUUGCUCUCAAAACCACAUUUCGGGGAUAGUCUACUCAGACCCCCCAACCCACCCUUGGCUUCUCUCGUGUGUAUAUGGACCGCCCUACAACAAUGCCAAGAAGUUAUUUUGGACUGAGAUCAUGACCUUAGGGGAUAGAUUUGGGGGUCCGUGGUUGAUUUUUGGGGAUACUAAUUUUGUCCUUAAUCCCGCUGAGCGGGAGGGUUCGUCGGGUAGAGACCCCUUUAUCCCGUUCAUAUCUAACCUGGUGGAGUCCCGUGGUCUAAUUAACAUGAGCAUUCAAGGGGACAUGAUGACGUGGGACAAUCACCGCUCGGGAGACAGCCACGUGAAGUCGGCCCUGGAUAAAGGCAUCAUGAAUGACGCCUGGCUUCACUUGUUUCCCAAAGCUAUUCUCUGUUCAAUCCAGACGAGUACUUCUGAUCAUAGACCUUUGUCCCUUGAUACGGUUGGGAAUGUGCCCAAGUUCAAAAGGUGCUUCAAGUUUGAGGAAAAUUGGGCGAGGGAUGGAAGAAGUAAGCUUGUUGUUGCUAAUGCCUGGGAUUCGGUGCACCAUCUUUGGGCCCCCGCCCGAGUUUUUAAAAAGAUUGGUGCCACCAGGGUGGCGCUCCUUCAGUGGAAGAGAACGCAAUUUGGUAAAAUUGAUGUGGUUAUAAAAGAUUUGGAGGAAAAACUUGAUAGAGUUCAGCUGUUGCCUGCUGGCUCAAGAGACUGGAGAUUAGAGUGUGACAUCCGUCAGAAUCUGAAUGAAGCAAGAACCAGAAAAGCAGUUUAUUGGAAACAAAGGGCGAGAAUUGAGUGGCUCAAGGAUGGAGAUAAAUGCUCCAAAUUCUUCUUUCUAUCUGCUGCAAUUAGAGGAAGAAGGAAUUCCAUAGACUGCAUCUUGAACAAACAUAAUGUCUGGCUAAAUGAUCGAGAACUAAUUGGUCAGGAAUUUUUGGAAUUCUUUAAGAAUAUUUUUACUGGAGCUAACUUUGAUAGGCCGCUGGAUUGUGGUCACCUUUUUAGGGAAAUGAUUUCUCUUGAGGACCAGGCUAGGGCGGUGGAGUGCCCCUCCCGGCAAGAAAUUAAAAGUACUCUGUUCGCUAUGAGCAAUCAUAAAGCCCCUGGACCUGAUGGCAUGUCUGUUCUGUUCUUCAAACACUAUUGGGAGUCUGUUGGAGAUGAUUUCUGUGAUGCUGUCGCUGAUUUCUUUGAAAGAGGUAGAAUGCACAAGGGUGUGAAUUCUACGAAUGUUGUGUUGAUUCCUAAGGUGCAGAACCCGAAAAGACCGAAUCAAUUUAGGCCCAUCUCUCUUUGCAAUGUGAUGUAUAAGGUCAUUUCCAAAAUCAUUGCAAAUAGAAUUAAGCCUAUCCUCCCCACGCUCAUUUGCCCAACACAAGCUGCUUUUGUCCCGGGUAGGAAUAUUCAAGAUAAUAAUGUGUUGGUUCAAGAGAUCAUCCACUCGUUCAAUAGGAAAAGAGGAAAAGAGGGUUUUUUUGCGAUAAAGAUUGACCUUGUUAAAGCCUAUGAUAGGCUAAGUUGGAAGUUCAUCGAUCAUGUCCUAGGUUGUUUCGGAUUCCCUCAAAAGUUUUGCAGUUGGGUCUCUCAGUGCAUCUCCACCGCUUCCCUCAAUAUUUGCCUUAAUGGUGGUCCGGUAGGAAAGAUCCUGCCCUCGUGUGGUAUCCGCCAGGGGGACCCAUUAUCUCCCUACCUGUUCAUUUGUGCAGCGGAAGUGCUCUCUAGGCUGGUAGAAGAAGCUAUUGGGAAGGGAGUUAUCCAUGGAAUUAAGCUAAGUAGGGGGGGCCCGGUGCUAUCCCAUCUGUUCUUUGCUGAUGACCUCAUUUUGGUAGGCCGGGCUAACCUAGUUGAGGCGAAAGCCUUGUGGGAUUGUCUCGACAAGUUCUGCUCGUGGUCGGGUCAGGCGGUAAACAAGCUUAAAACAUCAAUUUUUUUCAGCAAAAAUACCCCUUCUGGUAUGCGAACAGGAAUUAAGGAAGCCUUGGGUAUUGGUACUCCAGAGGGAGUAAUCAAGUAUUUGGGUUUGCCGAUGUUCAGAUCUAGACAAAAAGAUGCCGAUUUUAACUUCAUCCUUGAUAAUCUUACUUCUAAGCUCCAGGGAUGGAAGGCCAAAACCUUAUCAAAAGCGGGAAGGGCUACCUUGAUUAAAUCUGUUGGGCUGUCCAUGCCCAUCUAUGCUAUGCAAACCACCAAGUUGUCUAACCGGCUUGUGACUAGGAUUGACGCCUUGAUCCGCGACUUCUGGUGGGGCUUUGAGAAAGGGAACCAUGGCCUAUAUCUCAAGGCCUGGGAUAAAUUGUGUCUCCCUAAGUCUUUAGGGGGCCUUGGAUUUCGGAAAACCAGAGAAAUGAAUCUCGCUUUUUUGUCUAAGUGGGGUUGGAGCUUACUGAAUGGUAGUCAGUCGCUUUGUUGCAAGAUCCUUGAGGCCAAAUACCUAAGGGGAAAAGACCUUCUCCAUUGCAAGUAUAAAGAGUCGGACUCUUGGUUCUGGAAGAACGUUGUUAAAGCUAAUGUAAUCCUUCGGAAAGGGGCCUGUAAGAGGGUGGCUGAUGGAAGAGGCACUAGCGUCUGGAGGGACCCUUGGAUCCCUCACUUAAAAGGUUUCGUCCCGAGACCAAACAGAAGUGUUGCUAUGGAUAAUAUGUGUGUGGCUGACCUCCUUACCCCCAUGGGUGGGUGGGACACUCUUAAGCUAUCUAGUUUGUUCGACCAGGAAACUGUGUCAGCUAUCCUGAAAAUGGGCCCACCUCGGGGUUCGGGAAAUGACGAUUGGAUGUGGACUUUGGAAAGUAAUGGGAAUUUCUCUACCAAAUCGGCUUACGUGGCCCAGGCCAUGGAGAGAGCUCCUCAGGGUAAUGUCGCCCCUGCUCUUUGGAAUAAACUUUGGAAUAGUAACUUAAUGGAGCGACAUAAGGUUCUCUGGUGGUGUAUUCUUUCCCAAGCUCUCCCGGUUCGCGCAGUGAUUAAAAGAAGAUUUCAGAUUGAAGACUCCAGAUGUCCGUUGUGUGGUUUGGGUGAUGAAACUAUGGAACAUUUGUUUCUUACCUGCGAUGUAGCGAUGCAUUUAUGGCAUUCCUCCCCUUGGGGGAUUUUCCCUGUGGGCGACACUGGUAUUAGAGUUUGGGAUUGGGUGAAGUUUAUUUGGAGUCUUAAUAAAAGGGGUCUCCGAGUUGAAGACGUGUUCCUUUAUGCCUCGAUAGUUGUGGACAAUAUAUGGAGAAUGCGCAAUGACGUAGUACAUAACAACUGUCCCCCUAAUAUUCAUAAUUGUAUUGACCUUAUUUGCUCUUCUUAUGCUGAGGCACAUUCUUCUCUCUUGCCUGGUCCUUCGCCUCCCGGGAAGGACAUCUGGACGCCUCCACCUCUGGAUUGGAUAAAGUUAAAUUGUGAUGUUCGUGUGGGCUUGGAGAGUAUGUGCACAGCUGUUGUUGCGAGGAAUCACCUAGGGAGGGUGAUCGCUAUUCACACAUCCCGAUUGGACUUCUCGGAAGCUCUGGUCGGAGAAGCGGCGGCUUGUUGUCUGGCGGUAUCAGUAGCUCUAGAUUUGAAGCUUAAUUAUGUUAUUGUGGAGAGUGACUCGAGGCUAGUAAUCAACGCUCUCAAUGGGAAGGCGUCCCACUGGGCUCUAGAGAACUAUGUCUCCUUUUGUUCUAAGUCUUCUCCUUCUUUCAUGUGUUGUACCUUUUCUAAUAUUAGUAGAAACUGUAAUUUUGCGGCUCACAAUGUCGCUAAGUGGGCUUUUACCCACCAGGUUUACGGAUCGAUCCCGAUCAAUUCUAUUCCGGAAAACAUUUUAUGUAACGACCAUGAGGUCUAG